CACAAAAUCAUUCUAUCUCUUGGGGAUGACACAAUAAUGAGUGCAAAAUGGUUUUCCUUACGGCGUCUUUCCUUAUUAGCAAUACUGACUGUGCUGAGCUUUGGUUUCCUAUUAGAUUCCUUUCUUGUCAAUCCAUCAGGCCACAGCAAUAAUGUCCAAGUGCAGAGUGUUUCGAGUAAUGAGACUCUGGUGAUUGUCAUGGGCAGUUUGCGAGGAGGGGAGGAUGCUUGGGAAAGCUUGUAUCGCAAUGUCCUGGACUUGAACAGUGCCGACUUGGCACUGGCCACCGGUAGAAGGCCCAAUGAAACCACCACCAUUACUACUACUUGGCUGCAAGACUUUCAUUACUACUUGUCGGCAUUCGCACCUCUCAAGGAGAUGAUUCGAAGACCAGGACGCACAUAUUUCCGUGUUUGUCGGGAAUCAAUAAGAGAUGUUCGUUACCUCCUGUUGCUAAAGAUGCGACAGAAACGAGGACCCAGUUUGUACAGGCGUGCCAAGUAUGUUUGGGAGUUUCCCGAGUACGAGGAGUGGGCCGAUGCACUAGAUUUGAUUGUUGAGGAGGAGGGGUACAACACGACAACUAGUUCUGACAAUAACUGGAGACUCUUUCUCGAGGGCCUUCCACCCAAGGAAGAGUCCUCAGGAGUUCUUGGUCCCUGCUUGGGGUACAGGGGGAGUGGGGCACUCAUAUUCUGGAUUCGAUGGUUUGUCUCCAAACAAAUCAAGCGAUUGAACCUUGACAAAAAAUACAAGAGAUUUGUGCUCACCAGAUCGGAUCAUUUCUAUUUAUGUGGACACAACUUGGAUAAUCUGAUGAACAGCAACAGCAGCCACAAUAACAACAACAACAAUACUGUCUGGGUGCCACAGGGCGAAGAGUAUGGUGGGUUUACAGAUCGUCAUUUGGUAGCCCCAGCAGAACCUUUCCUCCAAGCCAUUGAUAUUCUCCCUUCGAUAUUGCAAAAUCCAAAGAAGUACCUUGAUCUGAAAACAACCUCCCCAGAGAAAAUAAUAGCCCGAAGAUGGAGUGAAUCGGGAAUACAAGCCAAACGGUUUGAGCGAAUGAUGUUUACAGUGGCAGUGCAGGGUGACGCAACACGGUGGCAGCCCAUGGUUCCAGAUAAAACAGAUAUUGCAGUGCCAACAGAGAAUCACCGCUUUCGCAGGAAUCGCACACGCAGUGUUGUUCUACAUUUGAAGUAUGAACAAGAGUAUGAGAUCUCCAAACAAACCUGCUGGGGUCACAAUAGAUAAUCCAAUGCGGUUUCCAUCAAUGCUGUAGAGAAAUUCUCAUUACAGAUUGGAGUACUUCCACCCGAGACAAGCGUGUGGCUUUGGCCUGCUACCGUAUGGUUGCUAGCUAUGGUAGUAACCGGUACCUGGUAGCUUGGCCAUUACACAGAGGAAACAUAACUAUAGAUAUCUUCAAACAUCCAAGACAUCACACGUGUUGUACAUGUAUCUGUGAUGGGGGGUUUACAGCUGCAUUGGGGU